GAAACCAUAUAGCUGCUCUGACUGUGGAAAGAGUUUCAGUGGUUCAGGAACCCUUAUAAGACACCAGCGAAUUCACACAGGAGAGAAACCGUAUUGCUGCUCUGACUGUGGGAAGAGUUUCAUUCAGUCAGAACACCUGAAGACACCAGCGAAUUCACACAGGAGAGAAACCAUUUUGCUGCUCUGACUGUGGGAUGAGUUUCAAUCAGUCAGGAGACAUGAAAAAACACCAACGAAUUCACACUGGAGAGAAACCAUUUUGCUGCUCUGACUGUGGGAUGAGUUUCAGUUACAGAGGAGCCCUGAAAGCACACCAGCAAAUUCAUCUAGGAUAUAGCCUGUAUUGCUGCUCUGACUGUGGGAAGAGUUUCAGUUUUUCAGGGUACCUGAAAACACACCAGCGAAUUCACAAAGGAGAGAAACCGUAUUGCUGCUCUGACUGUGGGAAGAGUUUCACUCAGUCAGGAGCCUUGAAAAAACACCAGCGAAUUCACACUAGAGAGAAACCAUAUAUCUGCUCUGACUGUGGGAAGAGUUUCAGCCACACAGAAUCCCUGAAAACACACCAGCGAAUUCAUACAGGAGAGAAACCGUUUUGCUGCUCUGACUGUGGGAAGAGUUUCAGUCAGUCAGGAGACAUGAAAACACACCAGCGAAUUCACACUGGAGAGAAACCAUAUAUCUGCUCUGACUGUGGGAAGAGUUUCAGUCACACAGUAUCCCUGAAGGCACACCAGCGAAUUCAUACAGGAGAGAAACCAUAUUGCUGCUCUGACUGUGGAAAGAGUUUCCGUUUUAAAACCAAUCUUCAUACACACCAACGAAUUCACACAGGAGAGAAACCGUAUCACUGCUCUGACUGUGGGAAGAGUUUCACCCAGUUGGGAAACCUGAAAACACACCAGCGAAUUCAUACAGGAGAGAAACCAUAUAGCUGCUCUGACUGUGGAAAGAGUUUCAGUGGUUCAGGAACCCUUAUAAGACACCAGCGAAUUCACACAGGAGAGAAACCGUAUUGCUGCUCUGACUGUGGGAAGAGUUUCAUUCAGUCAGAACACCUGAAAAGACACCAUCGAAUUCACACAGGAAAGAAACACUAUUGCUGCUCUGACUGUGGGAAGAGUUUCAGAAAAUCAGGAAAACUGAAAACACACCAGCGAAUUCAUACAGGAGAGAAACCAUAUUUCUGCUCUGACUGUGGGAAGAGUUUCAGAGAAAGAGGAACCCUGACAAAACAUCAGCGAAUUCACACAGGAGAGAAACCGUAUUGCUGCUCUGACUGUGGGAAGAGUUUCAUUCAGUCAGAUCAUCUGAAAAGACACCAGCGAAUUCACACUGGAGAGAAACCAUUUUGCUGCUCUGACUGUGGGAUGAGUUUCAGUUACAGAGGAGCCCUGAAAGCACACCAGCAAAUUCAUCUAGGAUAUAGCCUGUAUUGCUGCUCUGACUGUGGGAAGAGUUUCAGUCGCUUAGGAAACCUGAAAACACACCAGCAAAUUCACACAGGAGAGAAACCAUAUUGCUGCUCUCACUGUGGGAAGAGUUUCAGUCAGUCAGGAGCCUUGAAUAAACACCUGCGAAUUCACACUAGAGAGAAACCAUAUAUCUGCUCUGACUGUGGGAAGAGUUUCAGCCACACAGAAUCCCUGAAAACACACCAGCGAAUUCAUACAGGAGAGAAACCGUAUUACUGCUCUGACUGUGGGAAGAGUUUCAGUCAGUCAGGAUACAUGAAAACACACCAGCGAAUUCACACUGGAGAGAAACCAUAUAUCUGCUCUGACUGUGGGAAGAGUUUCAGUCACACAGUAUCCCUGAAAGCACACCAGCGAAUUCAUACAGGAGAGAAACCAUAUUGCUGCUCUGACUGUGGAAAGAGUUUCCGUUUUAAAACCAAUCUUCAUACACACCAACGAAUUCACACAGGAGAGAAACCGUAUCACUGCUCUGACUGUGGGAAGGGUUUCCGUACUAAAAAUGACCUUCGAGUACACCAACGAACUCAUACAGGAGAGAAACCGUAUUGGUGCUCUGACUGUGGCAAGCACUUCCGUCAGGCAGGAGCUCUGAAAUCACACCAGAGACGAAGCCCAUGUUCAUUCAGAACGAAACCUUAACCUUUCAUUAUGAGUCCCUGUGUAAUUUACUGUUUUGUGUAUCGCUCUAGAGCUUGAGAUUUAAAUGGUCAAAAUGCUGUUCAGCUCUCUUGCACUCUGAUUGUGUUAGAAAGUGGGCGGAGACGCGGACACGUCACAAGAGGCUUCUCUGCUGUCAGUUUAACUCAGGCUGUCAAUGCAGUCAGUGCCUGGGAGCGGGAAUAUGCAGAAAGGAAACUAUUCUGCACCUCAUCUGAUGGACGAGUCAGGAGAAAUUGAUAACUCAGUGUGGGGAAUGAGUUUCAGGGUUUAGCAUUUAAACUGCAUAGACUUGAAAAUAAAUACAUUGAUGGGAACGAGUAUCCCGACCCCGGUAUGUAGCAUCCCAGAGACAAGACUGCAAUGUCCUUACUGGACAACCGCCUGGAGGGUUUGUCUUGUACAUUUUGUCACGUUUCUAGAACAAAUGAAUCAAAUCAAUGAUUGAAUAUUUUGCAAUGUGCAUUGUCCAUGCUUUUUAUUUUACCCUGCUUUUGUAAACUGCAUCGUAUAAUACAAGUGUAGCAAGCAUGUGCACGGGUCAUAGGUACAGAAACUGAGACAGGUUUUAUACCAACUCUUUCUUGCUCUUUUGCAGUGUUGGACCUUAAGAGUAGUUAAAGGGCUCCUCUGUGGUAUGAUUGUGUGGCACCUGCAGAUGUACAAGGGAGUGGAGAAAUGUGUAACAUUGUAGAGCUUACCAGGAAUAGUCCCCGGUAGCCAUGGCGACUUGAGGUGAAAUGGCCUGAUCACCAUAGUAACACCAAUCUGUACUGGAGGAGAACGCCUCUCCCGAAUUCCUGAGCUUUGGAGGCCCUGAAUAAACAAGAUCGGGUUGCACCUGGACUCCAAGGUGAGAGGUUGAAGAUGAAUAAUCCUUUGUGCUAGGGUUAGGUUUUCAGUAAGAAGAGAGAGUUACGGGUAACAGCCUUACAAGAGCUCUUCACAAUAUUCAACAGGGACACCCCAUAGUUUGAUCAACAUUAUAAGAAACUUAAAUAAAUCAAAAGGCCAUAAAGAGAAACUCGACCAACUGGGUUGCAAUCGAAGAAAGGAAAAGUCAACAAAUGUUGAACCAAUAAUGAAUGAACUGAUUCAGCCUGCUGCCACUGGUCAAAUUUACAGCAAGAGUUUUCCAAUCCACUGAGCGAGUCUGGGUUGUGUGACCAGGAAUACAAGCAAAUCCUACAGGAAAUCAGCCUCUGACGCUGGAACAUUGAACCACAAACAACAACUUCAUUCUAACCUGCAUCGACUACAAGACAAAGAUUGAGUAUCCCAGCUCAACUAAAGAGUGCAGAGAUUGACAGAAUUAUUAGUAUUAUUUGUUUAUUUAGCAGACGCCUUUAUCCAAGGCGACUUACAGAGACUAGGGUGUGUGAACUAUGCAUCAGCUGCAGAGUCACUUACAACUACGUCUCACCCGAAAGACGGAGCACAAGGAGGUUAAGUGACUUGCUCAGGGUCACACAAUGAGUCAGUGGCUGAGGUGGGAUUUGAACCGGAGACCUCCUGGUUACAACCCCUUUUCUUUAACCACUGGACCACACAGCCUCCAUAUAGAAUCUAUAUGUGGGAAUGUAAUACAGGUAGAAUUGCAGAAUGAUGAGUUAUAAAGUAUAACAGGGUGUGGCUGUAAGUCGCUGGACAAGAGAAACGGGUCAGUGUAAUAUCUGAUGGAACAAUCUGACAUUAUGAGACGUGUAAAUAUUUGAAGCGAUCUGGUUAAUUGUGUAACAGGUGCUGGAACGAAUACAGGAUGGAUAAUAACACAUGUAACAGUGUUCAGUUUAAGGGUCGUGGAUUCUAACUGAAGGAUGUAUAAUUAAACAACAGAUUGCUAAAGCAUGAAUUACGAUUUUGUAAUAUCCUAUUAGAAUUUAAUAGGGUAUAGAUGGGGGCGGGGUAUAGAUUUUGCAAGGGAUUUAUUUACCAUUCGUACACAUAAAUACAUACCGAUGCAACUCAUGCUUUCACACACAAACAUUCUGCAACAUCCACAUUAUGAGGAGUCAAUGCCACGCUUACUACUAGAUCUGCAUUCGGUGUUGCUUACUGUAAAUAAUUUCUUAUAAUACAAGUUAAAUUAACACAGAUGCAAAUUAUUUUGGAGCCUUCCCAGGGAAGAAAUGUGAAUAAAAUAAAACAUCCUAGUUCAAACAGCUGAGUGUAAAGGAUUGUGGGAAAUGUAUUCACUUGCAUCCACAUUAGCAUCUCUGUUCUGUAUUUUCGUGUCGUUUGGGGACUUCAGUUCCCAUGAUGCAUUUCGAGUUGCCAUGCUGCUCACACAAAUACGUGCGCUCCUUGAUGACAAGUGGAGGUGCUGAAAGCGAUGGAUAAUGCAGCACCGUACAAGAAAAAGAAAGAUGCUGCUGCAGAUUUCAACAUUCCCACAAGCACUUUGAAAACCGUUCUGAAAUAACGGGAUACAAUAAUACAGGCCUGUGAACAGCAAACUGGAUGCAAGUCGUCAGCGUUUCUGAUUUGCUCAAUACCUGAUGCUGAGGACGCCUUGCUUCUGUGCUUUAAAAAUGCCUGUGAUCAGAAUGUGCCUGAAUCUGGGAGCACUAUGAGACACAGCACUGAGGAAUAGAUUUCUAUUUUAUAUUGUGACAGAGGGAGUGCAUGAGCAGAUUUGGUUUCAAGUUUCCCCUCUCUCCCUGUACUCCUUGCAGGGGGUGAACAGAAUGCUGUUCAGUGUGCACUGUGGAAUGUGAACACAGGAAACUCAUUUAUGGCUGGUUUCUAAAGGGUGCAGUCUUUCUUGAUUGGAUAUUGUGAACUGUUUUAAAACUGUCAUUCUCUUAUUGGAUAUCAAUAAGUGUUUGUGCCCCCAUAUACAUACCAUUGCUGAAUGUGUAUGAGUCAGAGAAACAUUUACAUACUGACUGUUUCUGCUUCUCUCCAGAACUCUUUAUUAAACUACAGGCAGUGGACAAAAAAAUGGAAACACCUGGGUAAAUGAGGGACACCAAGUAUAUUGAAAGCAAGGGCUUCCACACAGGUGUGGCUCAUGCGUUAAUUAAGCAAAUAACAUUCCAGCAUGCUUGUAACCAGGAGGUCCCCGGUUCAAAUCCCACCUCAGCCACUGACUCAUUGUGUGACCCUGAGCAAGUCACUUAACCUCCUUGUGCUCCGUCUUUCGGGUGAGACGUAAUUGUAAGUGACUCUGCAGCUGAUGCAUAGUUCGCACACCCUAGUCUCGGUAAGUCGCCUUGGAUAAAGGCGUCUGCUAAAUAAACACAUAAUAAUAAUAAUAAUAAUAAUAAUAAUAAUAAUAAUAAUAAUAAUAAUAAUAAUAAUAGAGUCAUGUAUAAAAAUGCUGGACAGGCCUGGUUGCCUAUAAUUCUGGCUAGCAUGGCUGCUAGAGGAGACCUCAGUGACUUUGAAAGAGGGGUGAUUGUCGGGGUGCGUUUGGCAGGAGCUUCAGUGACCAAGACAGCUCAACUUGUUAAUGUUUCAUGAGCAACGGUGUCUAAGGUGAUGUCGGCAUGGAACUCUGAGGGAAAGACAUCAUCAGCAAAGGGCAAGAGUGGGUGGAAGCGCAUACUCCAGGAUCGUGAUAUCCGUGCAUUAAUUCAAAGAGCAAGGAAAAACAGACGAGCAACUGCAGAUCAAUUGACUGCAUAUUUCAACCUGGGAAGCGAGCAGCCAGUUUCAACAAAAACGGUCCGGCGAGAACUCCACAGAGCGGGAUACCAUAGUGGCCCAACACCCUAUUAAGUGACUUUACAUUGGGGUUUCCAUUUUUUUGUCUAUUACCUGUAUAUUACUGAUUAUCAACUCUCUGACAGUCUUAUUUCAGCUUUGGCCCCUACACUUUCAAUACCUCCCUGCAUUGCUUGCUGUUCCCUGUUUAAUAAAGUAUUGGUAUUAAACUCUUGUACUGGAGCAGUGUGGAGUAGUGGAUAGGGCUCUGGACUCUUGACCGGAGGGUUGUGGGUUCAAUCCCCAGUGGGGGACACUGCUGUUGUACCCUUGAGCAAGGUACUUUGUGAAAUAAUAUCACAUUAUACAUAAUAUGUGAAAUAAUGUAUAAUGUGAUAUCUUAUAAUAAUUGUAAGUCGACCUGGAUAAGGGCGUCUGCUAAGAAAUAAAUAAUAAUAAUAAUUGUACUGAGUGCAUCAUUCUGCGUUAACCCAUUCCAGAGACUCACCCCCAAGUGUUUAGUUUAGGCUCAAACUUCUUCCAUAAAUUGUAAUUGUGAUAUAAACAGAAUACCACUAAGGGGAAACCUUUACUGUUUCAGUCUUUUUUCUGUGUUGACCAAUCAUGUAGAUAAUACAUGAAGGGUUGUGUCCACUGUCUCCCAAUGCAGGAAUUAGGAUAUGUUGCAGUGGAGCUGCACUGACUCAUGCUGGAGGCUCUUUGCACUAUUAUUAACAUAUGGAUGCAGUGUCCAGUGUAAUAAGAGAUUAGAGAAGACUGUUGCUAGACUGUUGUAGUGUUUUAUUAUGAUGAUGAUGAUGAUGAUGAUGUCAGUGCUCUGUGCAGUAAAGGGUUACCUGGCGGUGUUUUGUGCAACCGGUCCCUGGUUUUCAUGAAUUGUGACUGAUGACAUUUAGAAUGAAUU